AAAGAAAAAGCAGGGCUCCGCGGAAAACUAAAAAAAAGUGGUGUCCAGAAAAUCGGAUCGCCUCGGCCGUUCGAGACCCAGAAUAUGCAGGGCCUCGCAGCAUCCCAGGAAUUUAAGGUGGUUACUCAUUCCGUGCAGUCAGCUCAGUUUUUCCUUGUUGAGCCGUCGGCCGAGAUUGAGGCUGAAUUCGCCACUCGGCAGUGUGCCCGCGACUUUCAUCGCACGCAGCUCGAGCGCUUGUCCAAGCAUGGGGACGCCCGCAUGGACGCCACUGGCAGCGCCGAUCGCUGCGUAGUCGACGCCGAAGUCGGCGCCGCUGCUGAUGACGCGGCGGACACCCGACAUGAGCAACGCGACCGGACCCACUCAGACAACGAAGAAGAACAGCCAGUGGUUGUGCCAACCGAUCCUUCCGACUGGAAUGAAAUUCAUGUAGCUCAGUGGUUGCAAUGGGUGUCCAAGCAGUUCUGCCUGCCACCCCUCGACCCGCAAGACUUCCCAAAGACGGGGCAAGAGCUGUGCAAACUAAGCAAGUUGCAGUUCCUCGACCUGGCUGGACCGAGAGCAGGCAGCGUGCUCGCGGCCCACCUGGCAAAUCUGAAGCACAGCGUCACAGGACGAAGUCCCAGUCCCCUAGGAGACAUCAGACUGGAUGUUGCACAUUCCGAACCAAAUCAAGAUCCAUACCAGUUGCUAAACGCGGCCGGCAGUCGAUUGGUCGCGCAAGGAUCAGGUCAGAUCCAACUGUGGCAGUUUCUGCUGGAGCUCCUCUCGGAUUCGUCCAACGCGGCCUGCAUUACUUGGGAGGGCACCAAUGGAGAAUUCAAACUCACCGACCCCGACGAGGUCGCCCGGCGCUGGGGCGAGAGGAAGUCCAAACCCAACAUGAAUUACGACAAGCUCAGUAGAGCUCUCAGGUACUACUACGACAAAAACAUAAUGAGCAAAGUGCACGGAAAAAGGUACGCCUACAAAUUUGACUUCACUGGACUGAUGCAGGCUUGCCAAGCACAAAACGGAGAAGGGUCUUCUGGGGCGGCAUCACCUUACAAAAGUCCACCUGGAUACCCUGGAGAAUUAAGCAGCCUUUUCGGCUCUCCUCACACAUCAUAUCACUUAGCAGAGUGCCAUGGAAAGCUUUCAUCAGGGCCUGUUGUUACGGGGGCCACACCAACCUCUCCGAGCAGCAUCUUUGGCUCGCAACACUACUGGCCGAGUCCACCGCCUCUUUACACGCCUCCAGGAGGCUCCUCAGGAAGUGGUUCUCCAGGUCCGCAUCGGCCGCCCAGCCUCUCCAGGUGCUAUCCUUAUCCAGGUGCACCGCCAUCCCAGCACUGACCUGUGAUCUCUCUUAUGCUUUUACAACGCAGCCAACUGUAUACUGUGCAUUUCGCAACUGUGUUGCAGAGUUCCUAAGCAUCAAAAGACAUCAAGUUCACUUGUAAUUCCCACGUCGUUGAUUCUUUUCAUAAUCCUCAAUGAAGGACUGUCCUCAUUCUUCCAGCUCCUGUGGGUUUCUCUUUGCUUUCUUGCAUUUUUCUCAGUGGAAAGAAUAAGUGGAAAGAUUUUGUAACAUUUUCCAAAUGUAAUUUCUUUCAAACUAUUAUCAUCUUGAACAAAAUUGUUAACUAAGUGCAAAAUUUGUAAUCUCUUAAAAUUACUGUAGUGUUUAAGAUACUCAUAAAAUAAAUUAUUGCCAUCAUAUAUAAACUAGGGCCAAGCAAUCAUCCACUAACUUCAAUGGGCGCGUGAGACUGAGCCUUGUAAAGUUUUUGUUUGCAAAAAGUAUAUUGCACAUACAUAUAUAAUUUUGGACAAAUGUUGGCUAGCAAGUAGCCUUUUUCCUUAAUUUAGUUAAAUUAGUGCAUCAAAAGUAAAAUUAAUCUCUGCAUUAUGACUUAUUCAUGUUUUAAAUAUGCAACCUGCAAUGCUUCACUGUCAAGCGGAUUGCAUACGUCUGAAAGCAUUUUUCACUUGCAAUACUUGCAUAUUUUUUUUUGUAAAUUAUACUUAAAAAUUUCUCCUGACGAAGCUGAAUUUAAUUAUAUGCAAAGACUUUUAGGGGAAAAUUGCCAGAGUUAUAAUAGUAAGAAUUAAUUAAACUUUCAAGUUCUUGGAAGUCUAUACUGACGUGGAAAAAGACUUAAAUUAACUACAAAUUACACUGUCAAACAAUUCAGAUUCUUGGGAGAGUCGGUUUUAAUAAUUUAUUUUUCAUAUUGAUUGUGUAAAAUUGUUUUCGUUUUGCUUAUGACCUAAAUAAAAUUAGUUUUGGAUAAAAGUUUUGAUCAUAAUUAUUCAUUGCAUUUAAAAAUAAGUUUAAACAUUUUCCAAUGUGUUUAUUCAAUAAAAUGAUACAGAAAUAGAUUUGCAGAAAAUAA